AAUAAAAAAUUGAUUUAAAAAUUGUGGUAUUGAGUUAAACUCAUGGAAAAGCCAUCUUCACCAGUGCCAUUGACUGCAAUUCCAGUAAGAGUAGCAAUAUCUGAUGACGAAAAGGAAACUCUAACUAAAGAAGAUGUUCUAACAAAAUUCAAAGAUCUUGAGAGUUAUUUAAAUCAUGUGGAAGAUCAAGGAGACUCUAAAAGUUUAGAUGAAAAAUUAAAAUUGCAACAGCAAGAAGCAACACGAAGAGAAAAUGUUCUUGUAAUGAGAUUAGCAACGAAGGAGCAGGAAAUGCAAGAGCUGGUGACGCAAAUACAAGAGUUAAAACAAGCGCAAACUCCAUCAACAACGCAAUUACAAACAAUGUUAUUAGAUCCUGCGGUAAACUUACUAUUCGAAAAGAUGAUAACAGAAUUGACUGAAACUAAGGACAGACUUGACCAAGCACAAAGCGAUUUAAAUGCUUGGAAGUUCACACCUGACAGUGUCACCGGGAAAAAACUGAUGGCAAAGUGUCGAAAAUUGAUUCUAGAAAAUCAAGAGCUGGGUAAGCAGUUAUCACAAGGUAGAAUAGCACAGCUGGAAGCAGAACUUGCUUUACAGAAAAAGUAUAGCGAAGAACUCAAAGGUAGUCAAGAUGAAAUGAACGAAUUCGUUAUACAAUUAGACGAAGAAGUCGAGGGUAUGCAGGCGACAAUAUGUACGUUACAACAACAGUUGAAAGACACUAACCAAAAUGUAACUAGGCUAGAAGAAGAAAACCAAAGACUUCUCGAACGUUUAAACGAGCGUUCAUCAAAGACUACUAACUCCAACGGAGAAGAAACUUUAAAACAAGAAACUCUGUAUAACCAUUCAUCUUCCGAACAUCAGAUAGGAGAUUUACAAUGUAAUGACUUUCAUGAAGCCAAGAACCAUUCAGAAACUCAUCAACACUUGUCGACAGUGAAGGUUAAAGAGGAGCUAAUGGAUGUUGACGAAAAAAUAUCGGACUUGCAAAAUAAAGAACCUGUUGAAAGAACUAUAGAACUUCAGGACGCCAACCAGACGAGAAAUCAAGUCCUGGUAAUCCGCGGAACCGAAGAUAACAAAAGAGACGUUGAUUCGAAAGUAAAUCAGUAUGUUAGUCCUACGAAGACUGCACCGAAGACUUCUUUUUCUAUAACAGAUCUCUUGUCGAAUCCAAAAGACUCAGUAAAGACAGAAACAGGUAUGUCCGCGGAGGUAUCGAAACACGAGAAAAACGGGGAAAACGGAACGCUGAAUGGGGAGAUCGAUGACGCAGCUAUUUAGAGGCUUACAUGUGUUCAACAGUUAUGUAUUCGUCGCUUUAGUUUGCCGUACCCUAAAAAGCUUUUCAUCCAAUUGCAUUGAAUGCACUACACUCUUCUUCUUUUUCGGAGAUCUCAUGCAUUUGCUUUAGAAAGUCUUUCUGUUAACAGAGUUUGAAGUUUUCUUCAGGUGCACAAUCCUCCGUGUUUGAUUCCAAGCUUUUAAAGUUGUUUUAUGUUAUUAAUGUUUUGUAUGAAAACGGUUUAUAUCUUUCACUUGGUGAAACUAUGUCCUCGAAAAUGUAAUUUCUUCUCUAGAUUUCGUCUUCCUGUUCGUAUUUUUUAUCAUUUACCAUUACGUAUGUACAUAUUAUUGUCGCAAAGAAACGAAGCCUAUCUAUA